GAAAGCAAACGUAAUUAAAUGGAAUAGGUGAUUACAGCGGAUAUGUCGCAAUACGUGAGCGGCGAACUGGGAAGCUACCCGAUGUGGGACAGUUCUGUAUUGUACCAAGCACCACCUCCCUCGCAUUCGCAUAUGAACGAACACGGAUUAUACAGGCAACCUUGUGCGUUAUUGCAUCAAAGUCGUUAUACACCCAAUGGCAGAUCUCCGAACCUGCCGUCGUCCACUACGAAGAAACCAAGGCGUCGUGUGGCGACCGUUUCACAGAGGAGAGCAGCGAAUAUCCGCGAGAGGCGUCGAAUGUUCAAUUUGAACGAAGCUUUUGACAAAUUACGCAGAAAAGUGCCAACGUUUGCUUACGAGAAACGACUUUCAAGGAUCGAGACUUUGCGUUUGGCCAUCACUUACAUUGCGUUCAUGGGAGAGCUGCUUGGAAUCGAACCGAGCAGUCCAAAGCCAGAGUACAUCCCGAGGGAGUACUACUUGCCAAAUUAAACCUUGAGAAAAAAAACAACAAAAAAAAAA